CUAUUUUGACAGCAUCUGUCGCGUAAGAACCAACUGUAAUUUUGCUCAGGCAGUGCUUUAGACAGUAGACGCAGGGGUCCUCACAGGAGCAGCGCAUGUGACGCACACUGCGCAGGAGCUGCUGUGAAGUACUGUGUGGCUGGAAGUCUCUCUCGUCACUUGCAGCACUAUGGCGUUUAACUUCGGUCAGGCGGGCACCGGAGGUUUCAGUUUCGGAGCCCCUAAGACUACAGCUGCGGGCGCCACAGGCUUCGGGCUGCAGACGAGCGCUCCUGCGGGAGGGGCCUUCUCUUCAGGGACCGGCCAGCCCCAGGCUCAGAGCUUUGGAAACCCGUCGUCUCAGAUCGCAGGACUCCUCGCUCAGCCGGCGCAGAAUAAUGGAUUCGGCUUCGGAGCCCAGACUCAGAGCACCACCUCAAGUGGAGGCUUCUCUUUUGGUGCCUCCCUUCCAAAAUUCAGCACACCUGCAGCAUCUCAGCCUGCGACCACGAGUGUGACUCUGGGGGCUUCGACUGCUGGGACGGGCUUCGGUUUCGGGGGUCUCCCCACGCAGACUACUGCAGCCCAGCAGCCUUUGGGGGGGUUCGGCUUCGGGAUGCCCAAAGUUCAAGCAUCCUCAGCGCCCCCAGCACAGCCCACCCCUGCGCUCUCUCUAGGGGCUCAGUCCACAGGUCUGACUCUUGGAGCGUCUACUGCUGCCUCCACGGCCCCAACAUCUGCAAUUAACUUUGGGAUUAAAACUUCAGCCACCCCAGCUCCUAUCAGCUCUGCACAGAGUCAGUCCCUGACGGCUCCGGUGUCGUCUCUGUUUGCUGCUCCUAUAGCCUCAACACCAGCCACAGGAUUCACACUGGGCUCGUCGAUGGCCUCGGUGGCUCCUGUGGGGACCUCAGCAUCCAUCGCUAACACAAGCCUGUCCCUGAAACCUCUAGGAGCCGCUCCUGCUAUAAGCACAGCUGCUGCUGUUAGCACUGGAGCUACUACUGGCUUCUCUCUGGGACUGAAGACUGCAGCAUCUACCGCACCAGCCAUCACCUCCUCAUCUGCCAUCGUCACAACCAGCACGGCUCCAGUGAUGUCGUACGCUCAGCUGGAGGCUUUGAUUAACAAGUGGAGCUCAGAACUAGAAGACCAGGAGCGACACUUUCUCCAGCAGGCCACUCAGGUCAACGCCUGGGACCGCAUGCUGGUGGAGAACGGAGAGAAGAUAACUGCUUUACAUAAAGAUAUGGAAAAAGUGAAACUGGACCAACGAAGGUUGGAUCAGGAGCUGGACUUCAUCCUGUCCCAGCAGAAAGAGCUGGAGGAUCUUCUGUGUCCAUUAGAGGAGUCUGUGAAAGAGCAAAGCGGAACCAUUUACAUGCAGAAUGCAGAUGAAGAACGAGAAAGAACCUACAAGUUGGCGGAAAACGUGGACGCGCAACUCAAGAGAAUGUCCCAAGAUCUGAAAGAGAUUAUUGAGCACCUCAACACCUCCAGCGGACCUGCUGACACCACUGACCCGCUUCAGCAGAUCUGUAAAAUCCUCAAUGCACAUAUGGACUCCCUGCAGUGGGUAGAACAGAACUCUGUUUUGCUCCACAGGCGAGUGGAGGAGGUCUCGAAGCUGUGUGAAAGCCGCAGCAAGGAACAAGAGAAGAGCUUUCGUAUAAACUUCCAGUGAGCAUGCAGCUCUCUUUUCCCCUCAUUCAGUUGUAAAUGAAUGUCAUUUUUGUUUUUGUUAUUUGCUUCAAAAUAAAAUAAUUUCUUUGUA